AUGGAAAUCAAGGAUACUCCGAAUUUCGUCCAAGCAGGGGUCAAGGCUAUCGACUGCGACAUCCAUAACGAAGUCCCAACCUUACAGACACUUUUCCCUUACAUGUCUGAUUUCUGGUGCGACUAUUGUAGUACUUCCGGCUUCAGAGGUCCCGAUGCGAAUGAUUAUCCGCGUCAAGCACCGCUAACGACGCAUCCCGAUGCGCCGUCUCCGUGGGAUAUGGAUCUCGAACAUGUCCGCGAACACUUGCUUGAUGCUUGGAAUCUCGAAUACGGUAUUCUCAAUUGUGCCUAUCGCGUGCAAAGCGUCCACAACCCGGACCUCGCUGCCGCUAUGGCACAGGCGGUAAACGAUUGGCAGAUAGAACAUUGGCUUGAUCCCGAACCGCGACUCCGUGCCUCCCUUGUUAUUCCAAGCCAACUUCCCGACCUCGCUGCGAAGGAAAUUGAGAGAGUUGGCGAUCAUCCAGGGUUUGUCCAAGCGAUACUGCCUGUCCGUUCACGUAUCCCAUACGGUAACCGCAUUUACCAUCCGAUUUACGAAACCGCAGUCCGAAAGAAUAUCGCUAUCGGUAUCCAGUACGGUGGGGCACCGGGCAAUCAGCCCUCAGCAACAGGGUGGCCCUCUACGUUUUUAGAGGAAUAUAGUGGGAUGACACAGGUCUUCCAAGCACAGGUGAUUAGCCUCGUUGCGGAAGGCGUUUUCGACCAGUUCCCGGAACUGCGUGUCGUUCUGAUUGAAAGUGGUUUUACGUGGCUUCCCGCUGUUAUGUGGCGGAUCGAUAAAGAGUGGCGGAGCCUCCGAAACAACACACCGUGGCUGAAACGUCCACCCUCUGAAUACAUGCGGAAGCACAUUCGGUUUACCCUACAACCUAUUGAUUCACCGCCGACACCGAAGCAACUUCUUCAGAUUAUCGGGCAAUUGGAGUCCGAUGAGAUGUUAAUGUUUUCAACAGAUUAUCCGCAUUGGCAGUUCAAUACGCCCAACGAUGCUUUCCCCGCGGAGCUACCGGGCUCACUCGCUCGUAAAAUUUUGCACGAGAACGCACGUGCCUUCUAUCAACUUUAG